AAAGACAAAAGAAAAAAGAAGACAAAAGAAAAAAAGAAGACAAAAAAAAAAGAAGACAAAAAAAGAAAGACGAAAAAAUAGAAGAUGAAAAAAAAAUGGAAGACGAAAGAAGUCGAAGGACAAAGAAAAAAAGAUGA